AUGGCGCCCGCUACGGUUGAAGAUGUCGAGAUGGACUCCGCCCCCUACGACGUCGAGGAGGACGAGGCCCAGCGCCUCAUCAACGAGGAGUACAAGACCUGGAAGAAGAACGCGCCAUUCCUCUAUGACAUGAUCCUGAGCACCGCCCUGACCUGGCCCACCCUGACCGUUCAGUGGUUCCCCGAUGUCAAGGAGCCCGAAGGCAAGAACUGCCGCAUCCACCGCGCCCUGCUCGGCACCCACACCUCCGAGGGCAAGCAGAACUACCUCCAGAUUGCCGAGGUUGAGAUCCCAAAAGACGUCAAGGCAAACCCCAAGGACUUCGACGAGGAGCGCGGCGAGAUUGGCGGCCAUGGCAAGAUCGACAAGAGCGCCGUCAAGUGGAAUAUCGUCCAGAAGAUCGACCAUCCCGAGGAGGUCAACAAGGCCCGCUACUGCCCCCAAAACCCGGACCUGAUUGCCACCCUGGCUACAAACGGCAACAUCCUCAUAUUCGACCGCACCAAGCACAGCAAUACCCCCAACGGCAAGGUCAACCCCCAGAUCGAGCUUCGCGGCCACGAGAAGGAGGGCUUCGGCCUGAGCUGGAACCCCCAUGUCGAGGGCUCCCUGGCCACCGGCAGCGAGGAUAUGACUGUCCGCCUGUGGGACCUCAAGUCUCUAGAGACCGGCAAAAACAUUCUGAACCCCGCCCGCACCUUCACACACCACACCAACAUCGUCAAUGACGUCCAAUACCACCCCAUCUCAAAGAGCUUCAUUGGCUCUGUUUCCGAUGACUUGACUCUGCAAAUCCUCGAUGUCCGCCAGCCGUCCGACACCCAAUCCUCCCUCAUCGCCAAGAAUGGCCACAGCGACGCUAUCAACGCGCUAGCAUUCAACCCCUCGACUGAGAUCCUGGUCGCCACGGCCUCGGCCGACAAGACUAUUGGCAUCUGGGAUCUGCGCAACGUCAAGGAGAAGGUUCACACCCUGGAGGGACACCAGGAUGCCGUGACUUCCAUAUCGUGGCACCCGCACGAGGCCGGCAUCCUUGGCAGUGCCAGCUACGACCGAAGAAUCAUCUUCUGGGAUCUUGCACGAGUUGGCGAGGAACAGCAGCCCGAUGACCAAGAAGAUGGUCCGCCUGAGCUUCUGUUCAUGCACGGUGGCCACACCAACCACCUUGCCGACUUCAGUUGGAACCUGAAUGAGCCAUGGCUAGUCGCCAGUGCCGCCGAGGACAACAUGCUGCAGGUCUGGAAGGUCGCCGAUUCCAUCGUAGGCAAGGAUGAAGGCGACAUCAGUCUCGAUGAGAUGGGCAGAUAG